AGCAGUCAAGGGUGUCUGGAAGCUGGAAAAUGGCCGACCUAGACUGUGAGCCUUGGAUCCACACCUCCCGUUUGGACUUGCAUGACGACUACCGCCCCGACCACCAUCAACCCAGCCCAAUGGUACAGUGCCAAGAAUCUGUGCUUCGCGAGUACAUGAACCUACGGACGGUCUGGAGUUCCUGGGUAUAAACACUGCCAGAGACUGACUAUCUCGUUUGCCAAUCACUUACCAAAGUUUUAACCUUUCGCGUCCCACCACUUGUCCCUAGACUCCCUCGUCUUGACAACACAGUAGGUCAACCACUAAAUCGAGGCCAUGAGCCCCGAAGAAGCCAGAGGCGGGCACCUGGUGCACAGCCAUGCCAAAGAGCUUGACAUCCCCGGGACGGUAGACCUGACAGCCAAGGAGGGCGACGACACGGGUUAUGGACAGGCCCUGUACCCGGUUCCAGCAGAAGACCCCAAUGACCCUUUGCAGUGGUCCAAAACGCGCAAGAGCCUGAUCCUCCUCGUCUGCUCCCUGUACUCGUUCCUGAGCAACUCGGCGCUGCUGGGUCCCUCGGUGUACAUUGGCAUCUAUGCCGAGGAGUUUGGCGUCUCGCCCAAUGAAGCGAGCAAUCUCAUCAGCUAUGCCAACCUUGCUUUUGGAUUCGGGUCUCUCCUUCUGGUACCUGCAUACCAUAAGUUCGGUCGGCGUCCGAUCAUGCUCGCGUCGCUCGUCACGUACUGCGCGGGCUUGCUGGCGUGCUCCCAAGUCUCAUCGUACAGCGGACUGAUGGUGGCCAGGGUCAUACACGGGUUUGGGUCUUCGGUGUGUGAGGCAUUGCCGGUCCAGCUGGUCAAUGACAUUUUCUUUUUGCAUGAGCGUGGCAAGCGGCUUGGGUAUUAUACAGUCUGCCUCUGCUUUGGCUCGACAGGGCCCCUAUAUGCAGGCUACAUGCUGGCGGGUGGUUAUUCGUGGCGUCUGUUCUUCUACGUCGAGUUCGCCUUUGGCUGCGCGCUUCUCAUCCUGGCGUUCUUUGUGGUUGAGGAGACUCUCUACCACCGCAAGUCGCCGGUGGUGGAGGGUGUUCAAGAGAUGUCGGCUUCGAAGGAAAGCGAGAAGGACUCGGUAACUCACGUUGAGGGUACCUGUCAGACUGAAGUCAUCCCGCCACGCAAGACGUUCUUGCAGACGCUCAAAUUCUGGGGGGUGUGGGAGAAGGAUACAGACUUCUUCUUGAUGAUGGCCCGGUCGUUUACGUACUUUCUUGUACCGCAUGUGUUUUGGGUUAUUACAACUUACGGCAUCUACAUCGGGCUCGGAGCUUUAACCUUCAACUACACCUUCCCCCUCAAAAUCACCGCGCCGCCCUACAACUGGUCACAGACCAACUCCGGCCUGAUCGCGGUAGCCUCCUUCCUCGGCUACCUGCUCGCAAUCCCCUUCACAAGCUCCUCCGACCUGCUCGCGGCGCGGUUGACGCGCAAGAACAAUGGGAUCCGCGAGGCCGAGAUGCGCUUAGGGGUGAUGCUGCCCGUGAUGCUUGUUGGUCCCGCAGGGCUGAUCGUGUUUGGCAUGGCGGCGGAGCGCAACCUGCACUGGGUGGCCUACUUCGCCGGCGUGGUCAUGACCCAGUUCUGCAGCUACUUCUAUUUCACUUUUGCGCUGGCCUACGCCAUCGACAGUUACACGGCUAAUAUCAGUGAGAUGCUCAUUGCCAUGAACCUGGGCAAGCAGGCGAUUUCGUUUGGGAUGGGGUUGGAUUUGUUGAACUGGGUCAUGCAGCAUGGCUAUGCCGUCAUGAUUGCGGGUGUUUUCUGCGCUAUUCUCCUGGCGAAUAACUUGUCGCUGUUGGUGUUUAUGCUGUGGGGGAAGAGGAUUCGCGCGUUUAUGGCUAAGACUUGGCUUGCGAGGGUGCAUAGGGAGAGUGUGAGGGAGAUUGCUACGCACUGAUAUGGCUGGGUUGUCAAUGUCUAAUGGAUGGAUGAAAGGGGAGAUUACUUGUUUUGUGUACUUCUAGAACACAAUGAAAGAGGAACAAACGAGCAGGGAACUCAGCUC